UUUAACUUACCGGCCCGCAUUGCUUCAAACAAUUAACGAUGCCACGCGAAAGAUUUGUGGCGUCCAGUAACGAAUGAACUGUAGAGAACGGCAUACCUUAUCUAAUGGCCGUUGCAACAACAGCAACGACUCACUUUACUGUUCUUCAGCAGCCGCAAGUGUCGUUUGCUCCUAAGUCUCGCUCUUCGCCCGACGCUUGCAGUAAUUAUACUCGAACAUUCUCUUUCCCUUCUGGUAAAAGCCGGAGCAAUCAUCAUUUUCAGUACCAUACCAAGUCCAAGUAUGGGGUUCUGAAUUGUAUAUGCUGCUCUACUGAUUCAAAUUCACGUCGUGGUUUAGGUCCGAGUGACGGCAACACUAACAAGGGUAAGAAUUCUGUAACCGCCAGAAGGCAGGCCAAGGGCACAGUGCGGCCGCAAAGGAAUUCAUCUACCCCACAGUCCGACGACCUCCUUAAUAAGGCACCUCGUUUGAACUCUACGAAUGAUGUCAGAAAGUCAAAAAGUGUGGGGUCAGAUCUUAAGUUUGAGGAACGGCUGCAAGCAGUAAAAAGGUCGGCGCUUCAGCAGAAAAAAACAGAGGAAGAGAAACCAUAUGGAGCAAUUGACUAUGAUGCUCCGGUUGAGUCCAGAAGUACAACAAUCGGACUGGGUACCAAGAUAGGAGUUGGAGCAGCUGUUAUUGUAUUUGGACUCUUGUUUGCACUUGGUGACUUUCUUCCCUCUGGAAGUGUUAGUCCCACUGAGGAGAUUGCCAGCAAGGGUAAGAGAAUUGCUGAAGAUGAGAGAGCUAACCUCCUGAAGACGCUUCAGCAAUUUGAGGCUACACUGGCUUCAUCACCAGAGGAUCCCAUCUCGCUUGAAGGAGCUGCUGUGACCUUAGCAGAACUGGGGGAGUACAAUCGAGCCUCUUCCCUUCUUGAAGAAUUGAUUAAGAAAAAACCAAGUGACCCAGAUGUUUACCGUUUGCUUGGAGAAGUCAAAUAUGGACUGAUGGAUUAUGAAGGAAGUGCUGCUGCUUUUAGAAUGUCUGCCAUGGUAUCCGGAACUAUUGAUUUUGAAGUUCUACGUGGCCUUACAAAUGCACUGAUUGCCGCGAGGAAGCCAGAUGAGGCUGUUCAAAUGCUUUUGGCAUCACGCAAAAGUCUGAAAGAAGAAAAAACUAGUGGUAGCAAUGAUGGAACCAAGAACAGUGCAGCGAAAUCAAAGUCAGAGGUAGACCCAAUUCAAGUUGACCUGCUUCUGGGAAAAGCAUACUCAGAAUGGGGCCAUAUCAGUGAUGCCGUGUCUGUAUAUAAUCAACUCAUUUCUACCUAUCCUGACGACUUUAGGGGUUACUUAGCGAAGGGUAUUAUUUUGAAAGAGAACGGAAAUGUUGGUGAUGCUGAGCGGAUGUUUAUACAAGAUGCUCUUGAUCUCAUGAUUGGACACUUCCACUUGUUUGUGGAUGAUAGGGAGUAACAACCUUGUGCCCAUACUUCUCAAGCAACAAACUAAACAGUCGGUUGCAGAAAUGCAACCCCCCAUCACUUAUAAUAACUCGUGGAGUGUCAGACCUGCUGAAGAUGUUCUUUUUCAAGAAAGCGGUGACACUCCUUCCUUCAUUGUUUGGGAGCGCUACUGCCUCCACUCAUUUUCACACACAGUCAACAGCCACCAAGAUAUACUUCUGCCUAUAUGAACUCACGAAAGGGCCAUGAAGUCAAUUACCCAUACGUCAAACAGCUUAAUCUCAAUAAUAGGGGCCGGAUGUGAAGGGCCCUGGGUGAUCUGUGGGGACUUUAAUGUAUCCAGAUUUCCCUCUGAAAGGACAAACUGUAAUAGAAUAACCAGAACCAUGGCUGAUUUCAACCAAUGCAUAAAUGAUCUUGAGUUUCUGGAUCCUCCUCUUUCCGGAGGUAGUUAUACAUGGAGGAGAGGUCAAAAUCACAGUUGUGCGACAAGAAUAGAUAGAUUCUUAUUCUCUUCCCAAUGGGAUGAGAGUUUCUCCAAAAUCAGCCAAAGUGUUCAACCACAACUUGGCUCAGACCAUAACCCCAUCCUACUAUCCUGUGGUGAUUGGAAACAUAGGAAAUCAUAUUUCAAAUUUGAAAAUUGGUGGCUUAAGGAGGAAGGAUUCAUAGACAAGGUGAAAGAAUGGUGGAGCAGUUUCAAUGCAACUGGCAGACCUGAUUCUCAAUUAGCUUCUAAGCUUAGUCAAUUGAAAGUCAAGCUCAAAGAAUGGAGCAAAGCCAACAGGAACAACUGGAAGGAAAGGAAAGAUCUGAUUCUAUCACAAGUGGGAAAUCUGGAAUCCAUUCCAGGAUCUCAGACUUUUGACUGAUGAUGAACAACUGCAGGAAAUUCAGUUGGCUAUGGAGUUUGAAGAGGUGUCCAGAAAUGAGGAAAUUGCCCGGAGACAGAUCCAGGGAACAAUGGAUCAAAAAUGGUGACAAAAACACAGAGUAUUUCCACAGAAUGGCCAAUGCUCACAGAAGAUUCAACUCCAUUGACAUCCUCAAAGUUGAGGGGGCUGAAGUUACUAAUCCUGAAGUUACAAGGAGUCUGAGAAUUGGAGACCUGAUUUCACACUCCAAUGGAACACCAAGAUCUCCACUGAAGUACAGGAGUGGCUGGAAAGACUAUUUGAAGAGGAUGAAAUAUUAGAGGAGCUUAAACAGUGUGCCAUUGACAAGGCCCCAGGCUCUGAUGGGUUCCCAAUGUCAUUCUUCAUUACUUUCGUGGAAAUGUUGAAGUCAGAUAUACUACUUACCUACAGAAUUUCCAGUUGCAAUAGGUUUUUGAGAAGAGCUUCAAUGCCACAUUUGUAGCUCUUACCCCAAAGAAGGUGGGUGCAACUGAGAUGAGAAACUUCAGACCAAUAAGUCUCAUCACUGGAAUGUACAAGAUCAUUGCAGAAGUACCAGUUGAAAGAUUAAAGAGAGUGAUAGAUAAGCUAAUAAACCCUCAUCAAAUGGCCUUUAUUAAAGUAAGGCAUGGAUGCAGCUUCAGUGGCAAGUGAGUGUGUAGACACUAGAUUGAGAGGCUCAGAACCAGGGGUGAUGUGCAAAUUAGACAUUGAAAAGGCAUUUGACUACAAGUUCCUCUCUCCCCUACUUCCUAGGAGAGAGAGAGAACCCUCUUUCCGUUUAGGUUGCCUGAGAACUGCCAUCUCUCUUCUUCUUUCACAGGUGUCUCCUUCUGCCAUUGUCUACUUUCUUUUAUUUUCUGUUCCCUCUCUCCAACUGAUAUGGGGGAAAAUAGAAUAUAUUUCAAUGCAGGAUUCAAAUCGUUUGACAUUACCAGAUGGAGCUCAGAUGGAUCUGUUUGGUAUGAAUGGGUGGAGAGGAGUCGAAGGAUGAUGAGAAGAUCAACUGUUAGCUGCAAGGUGAUGGACUGGAUAUGUUUCUUUCUAAGAAAAGCAUCAACUGAUCAAAAGAAGAGCAUAAGAUGCUAUGAAGGUGUAGAAAAUGAAGUGAAGAAGAUCAAACUUAACUUUAUCUUACUGCUCUGUUUUUGGUGUAACCAGUUAUACUCUAAUGGUGCUAUAUCUAAUAUUGAUGUACUUGAUUCAUUAUAGACUGAGAUAGAAGCAUUCUAGAACUUAAUCCCCCCCUCCCCCAAAAAAAAGGGGGGGAAGCCGCGGUCGAACUCAUAUUCUGGAAAUAAGUCGGGGCCCUUUUACCAAGUCUACCAGAUAGAAGAUGAUAGAGGGCUAACUUUAUCAAAAAAAGGAAAUGCAUUUGACCACAUCAACUGAAAGUUCUUACUCAGCAUCCUCUGGCAAAUGGGUUUUGGAAGAUGGCUAAACUAGAUAAGUUUUUGCAUUAAAACCACCAGGUUCUCAAUUCUGGUAAAUGGAGAACCAGUUGGUUAUUUUUCUGCAAAAAAAAAGGGCAAAGACAAGGGGGCCCUUUAUCCUCUUUUCUUUUCACCGUAGCCAUGGAAGACCUCAAUAGCAUGAUGAAGAUUGCAAUACAAAGGAGAUGGUUAAAAGGCUUUAGAGUAGGGAGCAGGACAGAGAGAGUGCUAGAGAUAUACCAUCUACUUUAUGCAGAUGACACAAUAGUUUUUUGUGAUGCUACUAGUGAGCAAAUCAGUUUUUUGAGACUAAUGCUAGUCAUCUUUGAAGCAAUUUCAGGCUUGAAGAUAAACUGGAGAAAAAGUAACAUCUUUCCUAUCAAUGAAGUCACUCAGAUUCAGGUUCUAGCUAAUAUUUUAAGAUGUGGAGUGGGAAAACUUCCAACUGUUUACCUGGGACUUCCAUUGGGUGUGCUUAACAUAAGGGACAAUAUCAUUAAGAAGACAGAAAAUAAGCUUGCUAUGUGGAAGGGACAAUAUUUAUCUUUAGGAGGUAGGUUAAUUCUAAGAGAAAAGACAUAAAGUCACCAUUGAAGUUGUCCUGAAUUUUCAAAAAAACACCUUAACUUUGCGGGUGUUCUAUUACCCCACGAAACCAUUUCUAACUAUUGUAAAUACACCAUUUUAACCCAUCCUCAAAGCAAGUGUAAUCUCACGUAAUGGUGGCGCGUGAAUGAAAAAAAAAUCACCCCCAAACCAAUCUAAAAAUGCCACGUAGCAAGAUUGUAAGCCUCCAUUUUCUAAAAAAGUUCAAGAAAUAGAGGAUUUCUUGGUCAAUGCCUUUCAUGGUGGUUGUUGAAGAACAGUUUCAUAAUUCCUUAAGAAUUUAAGAAGAUUUCAUACAAUUCCUAAGUGAAAAUCUUCACUGUUAUGUAAACAGUGAAAACGAAUUCCACAAAAAUUUCAUAUCCAAAAUCUUCCAUUUUCCACCUUGCAAAAACUCCAUUUUAGCUCAUUCCAUCUUCGUCUUCUUCAACAACAAUAAAAAAUAGAGUUACAGCGGUACGACGCUAAAAGAACCCAUCAAUUGAAAUUCCAAAAAUUAUCCUCAACAAUGCAACAACUCGUCAAGACCAUUUUCACAAAAAAAUUAUAUAUAUUAAACCCAAAUUAGUUAAUGCACCCAUUUACAUGAAGUUUUGAAUUUGCACUCACAACUUGUUUGUGCUUUUGGACUUGACCCAGAAGAUUUUGAGGAUCAAAAUGUGAGUGAGUUAGGAUUUUACCCAAUUCAUUAUUAAAUUAGUAAGAAAAAUAAAAUUAUAUUAUUUUAUUUGAGGUGAAAUACACGCACAAGCUAUGAGAUUACAAAAGUUGUAAAAAGGGUGUAUUUAUAGUAGUUGGAAAUAGUUUCGUGGGGUAAUAGGACACCCAUAAAGUUAAGGUGUCUUUUUGAAAAUUCGGGACAACUUCAAUGGCGACUUUAUGUCUUUUCUCUAAUUCUAAUAAACUUUGUGCUAGACUCAUUACCAACAUAUGUGGUCUCUCUUUCCAAUACCUCCUAAAGUACUCAAAGUUCUAGAUUAAUUGAGAAGAAACUUCCUAUGACAUGGCAGAAAAGAGCAUAAAGGUUACAAUCUAGUGAAAUGGAACAUAGUGCAACAAAGUAAGGAGCAUGGAGGUAUGGGGGUUAGAAACCUAAAGCUACAAAACAACAGCCUACUCAAGAAAUGGUUGUGGAGAUAUGCUGAAGAUAGACCAACCUUGUGGAAGAAUGUAAUACAACAGAAGUACGGACAAAAUGCGCAGUGGUGCACUGAUGAGUCAACGGACACCUUUAGAGUUGUACUAUGGAGGACAAUUAGGUGUUUCUAGAACAACCUGGGGAAGGACAUUAUUUUCCAAGUUGGCAAUGGCCAAAAAAUCUUCUUCUUGAAGGAUAACCGGGAUGGUCAGGGCACUUUGCAAGAGGCUUUCCCCAGCAUCUUCAACAUCAACACCAACCAGAAUAGCACAAUAGAGAACAUCUGGACAGCUCAGGGAUGGAACCUAAUUUUUAGAAGAUUUUUGAAUGAUUGGGAGGUUGAAAGAGUGGUUUCUCUACUUGGCAGAAUAGGAACCUUCAUAGGGACUACUAAUGAGCCUGAUAUCAUCAAGUGGAGGCACAACAUUGAUGGCAAAUUCUUAGUCAACAGAGUCUACAAAAAGGGCAAUGUAGAGAUGACAGAAAGAGAUAGAGGACCUUGGAAAGCUACUUGGAGAAGCACGGCACCUACUAAAGUGAAAUGCUUCUCCUGGCUGGUAGUAAGGAAGGCAUGUCUCACCUACGAGGCAUUACAGAAAAGGAAAUUUCAUUUAGAUUCCAAUGCCUUCUUUGUAUGGAACCCAAUGAAAGAAACAACCACCUCUUCCUCCAAUGCAAGGUAACUUCCCAAGUCUGGUCCCUAUUCAUUACCUUAGCUGGGAAAGCUGGACAAUGCCAGAGCACACAGUUGAUCUAUUGAGUUGCUGGAUAAGAAUGGGAGGGAGCAAAAGCUGGGAGAGAUGGUGGAAAACUGUCCUAGCUUGCAUAUGGUAGAGCAUAUGGAAGGAAAGGAAUGAGAGGAUUUUCAAAGGAAGAUCAAACUCCAUUCAAAAGAUCAAAGGGAAAUGCAUUUCUACUUUAUGUUUUUGGUGUUAAGAGCAAUGUAUAGUAAAUGAAAUACAUAAAGUGGAUUUCCCAGGCUUAUUGUAAUUAGCUAUCUAUGUAAGCACUCUUUUGAAGGUGGCUAGCAUACCUUUAAUGUUGAAGAAUACAUGUUACCAACUUCAAAAAAAUAAUAGGGGUCAGGGGCAGUUCAUGUCUCCUUGAAAUGCCUCCAUAUCUUUGGCGCUAAUCACAUGUUUUGACAAAAUCAUGCUCGUUUUGAUAGAUGGUAGGCCAAUAGUAACCGCUCUACAAGAUCUUUCGGGUUGUCCGUUGUCACCAUAAUGCCCUCCGACUGUAGAGGUAUGACAUGCUUUGAUAAUGGCCAUCAUCUCAGCUCAGGAAUGCACCUUCUAAUGACAUUAUAUGCUCAAACCUUGAAUAAGUAAAGUUCAUCUGAAUAGAAUUUCCUAGCAUUGUGUAGGAACUUCUUCUUCUAAUGGAACUUCAGAUCCUCGGGCAUCAUAUCACUUGCGAGAAAAUUAGCAAGGCCAGCAUACCAGGGAAUCAAGCCAUGCGAUGCAUCGAACAUGUGCUCGUCUGGAAAGGACUCAUUACUAUCAAUCUCUCAGUUUGUCCUUCCACCUUCCUCUAAUCUGGAUAAGUGGUUCGCCACCUGAUUUUCACACCCCUUGCGGUCCUUAGCCACAAAGUCAAACUCCUGCAAUAGUAGCACCCAACAGAUCAACUUGGGUUUCGUAUCCUUUUUGGCCAUGAGACACCAUAUGGCUGCAUGGUCAGUGUAGACUAUCACAUUGGUGCCCAACAGAUAUGAUCUGAACUUAUCAAAUACGUAUACUACAUUUAACAAUUCAUGUUCAAUCACAACGUAGUUUUUCUAGCCCCAUUGAGUGUCUUACUAGCAUAGUAGAUUGGGUGGAACAUAUUCUCGUGUCUUUGGCCAAGAAUAGCUCUCAAUGCUACUCCACUUGGAUUGCACAUCAGUUCAAAUUGUCUGAACCAAUCAGGAGCAACAAUGAUAGGAGCAGUCGUGUAUUUCUCCUUCAAGCAUUCAACUACCUUGAGGCGAGAUUCUUUGCACCAGAGAACGCUAAGGCGCUUGUUGAUAAGUAUUCAAAAUGAUUUCCCUUGAAUCUGUUACACUAUUGAGAUGGCUCAAACAGGGUUGAAUUGUCCAGCAUCAGAGAAAAGCUAAGUAGGCUGCGAGUUGUGAAUUGUGAAAUUGUUUGGUUACUGGGAAGUAGUAGUGGAUGGCAGUUUCCAAUAUCUGCUUCAUUACUAAUAGCUGGGUGCUCCUGGAUGCGUAUUCAAGAUACACUAGUUAUUGUGUACACAUAUGAUAUUUCUGUUUGAAUAAUGUGGCAUGUCGAUCGGUUAAAAAGCGCUCUGUUUGUAUUCAGUGUACUCGGUUGCUUUUUUAUGAUAUACGCGAGGUCAGCACUCAGCAGACUCCUUAGAUGAUACAUGAAGUUGAUGUUAUUGACGCAGUACUAAUUUGGUGACAACCAGCGAAAAUCCUGCGGGGUUCUGAUGAAGGAAAUUGAGCCAUCUAUCCAUCAGAUUGAACUAAGAUAAAGCAGCCAUAAACUGGUCAAUGACUAGUCUCUCACCAAAAAAAACUGACUCAGUAUUAAUUAAAGUGAAUAUUAUGUGGAAUCUACCUGAUUAAGGAUAUUUUGUUUAACUUAUAUUUUCGCAUAAACUAUGUUGGCAUUGCCACUCAAAAAUUGCAUGAGUUGCGGGGUUGGUACUUAUUGUUCUUUCUUAUGUAACCAGUUAAACAUUGUAUUAUGUAUCAAACGGGGCAUUUGUGA